AUGUUCAAUUCCAAAUUAUCCUUUCUGAUUUUACUUCUUCUAUUACCCCUAUCAUCAUCAUCAUCAUCUCCAGAAGCAAUUCAGGGUUUAGUCGAACGUUUGGAUACCCAAAGACCAUCUCCAUUCUUACAAGAAUCUGCUGCUAAAGCUCUUCUUAGAAGAUUGCUUCCUACCCAUUUGUCCAGUUUUGAAUUCAAGAUACUCUCCAAGGAUGCUUGUGGUGGAUAUAGCUGCUUUUGGAUAACGAAUUAUGAGAAUUCAAGCAACAAGUCCGCAGAGAUAACGGUCCAAGGCACUACAGCAGUUGAAAUCGCGUCCGGCCUCCAUUGGUACUUAAAGUAUUGGUGUGGUGCUCAUGUUUCCUGGGACAAAACUGGUGGCAUUCAGAUAGCUUCUAUCCCUCCUACCGGCAACUUGCCACUUGUAAAAAAAGACGGAAUUAUGAUUCAACGUCCGGUUCAAUGGAACUACUACCAGAAUGUUGUCACUUCUAGUUAUUCGUACGUUUGGUGGGAUUGGGAAAGAUGGGAGAAGGAGAUUGAUUGGAUGGCACUUCAAGGAAUUAACCUACCUCUUGCAUUUACCGGCCAAGAAACCAUCUGGCAGAAAGUUUUUAUGGAUUUUAAUAUAAGUGCUCAAGAUUUGAACAAUUUUUUCGGUGGACCAGCUUUUCUUGCGUGGGCUCGGAUGGGAAACUUACAUGCAUGGGGUGGACCUUUAUCUCAGAACUGGCUAGAUCAACAGUUGGCGUUGCAAAAACAAAUCUUAUCUCGGAUGAUUGAGUUAGGAAUGACUCCAGUGCUCCCUUCAUUUUCCGGAAAUGUUCCGGCUGCACUAAGAGAGAUUUUCCCAUCUGCAAAUAUCACUAGGCUUGGAGAUUGGAACACUGUUGAUGGUAAUCCUCGGUGGUGCUGUACUUACCUUCUAGAUCCUUCCGAUCCUUUAUUUAUACAAAUUGGGGAGGCGUUCAUAAAACGACAGAUCAAAGAAUAUGGAGAUGUGACCGAUAUCUAUAACUGCGAUACGUUCAACGAGAAUUCACCUCCAACAAGUGAUCCUGCAUAUAUUUCAUCUCUUGGUUCUGCUGUUUACAAAGCAAUGUCCAAAGCAGAUAAGGACGCAGUCUGGCUUAUGCAGGGCUGGUUAUUCUAUUCAGACUCAUCGUUCUGGAAACCACCACAAAUGAAAGCACUUUUACAUUCCGUUCCAUUUGGGAAAAUGAUAGUUCUUGAUCUAUUUGCUGAUGUCAAACCCGUAUGGGAAUCGUCCUCUCAAUUCUACGGCACUCCUUAUGUGUGGUGUAUGUUACACAACUUUGGAGGGAACAUCGAGAUGUAUGGUGUAUUGGAUGCACUUGCAUCGGGUCCUAUCGAUGCACGUAUCAGCGAAAAUUCGACUAUGGUUGGUGUUGGGAUGUGCAUGGAAGGAAUAGAACACAAUCCCGUUGUCUACGAGUUGAUGCCCGAAAUGGCUUUUCGAAAGGAUAAAGUUCGAGUUGAGGAAUGGUUGAGAGUCUAUUCUCGUAGACGUUACGGUAAAUCAGUCAAACAAGCCGACGCAGCGUGGGAAAUUCUUCAUCGAUCCAUAUAUAAUUGUAGCGACGGGAUUGCGGACCACAACACGGAUUACAUCGUUAAGUUUCCGGAUUGGGACCCAUCAUUGAACACCUACUCUACCUUCUCAAAACAGAACCGUACACCAAGCUUCAUCACGACGCAUAGAAAUCGAAGGUUCAUUUUAACUGAAACACAAUCUACCUUACCCCAACCGCAUCUUUGGUACUCGACUCGUGAUGCCAUCAACGCGUUAAAGCUAUUCAUAGAUGCGGGCCAAGAUCUUGCCGGGAGCCUCACUUACAGGUACGACUUGGUCGAUCUAACACGACAAGUGUUAUCAAAGCUUGCAAAUCAAGUCUAUUUAGAUGCUAUCAUAGCUUUCCAACACAAGGAUGCGAAAGCUUUGAAGUCUCAUAGCCAAAAGUUCGAGCAACUCAUCAUCGACAUCGAUGAACUUCUUGCUACGGAUGAUAACUUCCUUCUUGGGACGUGGCUCGAAAGCGCAAAAAAGCUAGCUUUAAAUCCUAGUGAGAAACGGCAGUAUGAGUGGAAUGCAAGAACACAAAUAACGAUGUGGUACGAUACGACAAAAACGAACCAGAGCCAGCUUCAUGAUUACGCAAACAAGUUUUGGAGCGGAUUAUUGGUAGACUACUAUCUCCCACGAGCUUCGAUGUAUUUCAACCGUUUGUCUGAAAGCUUGAGAGAAAACACGAGAUUCAAGAUAGUCGAAUGGAGAACGGAAUGGAUUUCGUACUCGAACAAAUGGCAACAAGAUACAAAGCUUUACCUUGUGAAGGCCCAAGGGGAUGCACUAGCGAUUUCGACGUCACUUUUUCAGAAGUAUUUCGGGUAAGUUUAUCGUUCUACAUCGAUGGGAAACCCGAAAACAAGUAGCUGGAAACAUACUCUGCUCAACCAGCGAAAGAAAAAGGUGACAAGGGCGUCUAAGUUACAUUUUGAAAGUAUGGGGUGGUUUUUGGCAAGUUCAGAAAUGAGUGGAACUUUGUGAAGAAAAUUCAAAUUACCUCCAGUGUACAUGGAAAACCUCUGUUAGAUGUGUUGAAGUGAUAUUUGCUGUUUCAGUCCCUGUAUUUUGCAAUAAGUCAGUGGCUGGUCCCUGAGGUGUUAAAAAAUACUUGGCAGGCCAUGGAUCAUUGUUUUUAGUUGUUUUUGCAAUAAAAAGUAAGUACUGAUAAAUAACC